AUAAAAUAAGGAGUUGUUAUAUAAAAGUGUUGUAAUGAUAGUAGUGAAGUUGAUUGCUUUACUUUUAAGUAUCAUCAUUAGCAAUAAUGAAGCUGCGAAGAUAUUGGCCUUGUACCCCUGUCUGUCAAUCAGUCACCAAGUAGUCUUUCGGCCGAUUACAUUGGAAUUAAUAAAGCAAGGUCAUGAUGUAACUGUUUUGACACCUUUUCCGAUGUUUAAAAAGGGCGAGGCUCCUAAAAAUCUAAGAGAAAUCGAUGUAUUAAACGCAACUUAUGGAAUAUACCUCGACCACUUUGCCAAAUCUGUGACGGGGAGCAAAUCUGAUUUGUACAUGCAAUUUGUUAACAUGACAUCGGCUAUUCAUUAUUCGUCAGCAGCGCAAAUGAAUUUAAAGGAAUUUAAAGAUCUUAUAAACGAUUCAUCAACAAAAUAUGAUUUAAUAUUUGUGGAAGCUUUGUACACACCGUUUCUUGGAAUAUCACAUGUAUUUAAAGCGCCAAUAAUUAUGUUCAGUUCUUUUGGACCAUACAUAGAUACAUAUGACAUAAUAGGAUCGCCAAGCCAUCCUUUCUUAUAUCACCAUAUGUAUCGACAAAGACUUUACAAUUUGACAUCAUGGGAGAAAGUCAGUGAACUAUACAUGACAUUUAGACUUCAACAAAUACUAAACGAAGCUGAAGAUAAAAACAACAGACUGCUGAAAGACGUAUUUGGACCAAAUACUCCGGAUUUAAGCGUUUUAAAAAGUAACGUGGAUAUGGUGUUAUUGAAUAUUCAUCCAAUAUGGGAAGGAAACUAUCCAGUACCACCAAAUGUUAUUUAUGUAGGAGGGUUGCAUUUAAACACUCCUAAGGAAUUACCAAGAGAACUAAAGGAAUAUCUCGAUAACUCUACCAACGGUGUUAUCUAUUUCAGUUUUGGUUCUAACGUUAGACCAUCUAUGAUGCCACAGGAAAAGUUUGAAAUUUUCAAAAAAGUAUUCGCUCAACUACCGUACAAUGUCAUAUGGAAAUGGGAUACAGACGAUUUCAAAGUUGACUCUCCUAAUGUAAAAAUACACAAAUGGUUGCCGCAAUCUGAUUUAUUAAGACAUCCAAAUGUUAAAGUGUUCAUAACUCAAGGUGGACUACAGUCAACCGAUGAGGCGAUUACGGGCGGAGUACCACUUAUUGCUUUCCCUAUGCUAGGUGAUCAGUGGUAUAAUGCAGAAAAAUAUGAAUAUCAUAAAAUUGGUAUAAAAUUGGACUUUGAAAAUCUAACUGAGGAUAAACUGAAGGAUGCAAUAACUAAAAUAGUGGAGGAUAAAAGUUAUAAAGAUAAUGUAGCUCGUCUACGUUCUUUGAUGCAAGAUCAGGCGCAACCUCCGUUAGAGCGGGCCAUGUGGUGGAUAAAUUACGUAAUUAGACACGGUGGAGCAAAGCAUCUCAAAUCUCCCUCCUCUAAUUUACCAUGGACUGAAUAUUACGAAAUCGAAUUACUCACUUUAGUUGUUCUAAGUUUAAUUAUAGUAAUUACCUUGGUAUAUAUCUUGAUAAGAUAUUUGUACAAAUAUGCGACCGUGAUAUUAGGAAGAAAUUUAAUUAAAAUGAAAAAAAUGUAAAACGUGUUUGAAUUA